UUGUAUUCCGAACUGAUGUGUAAUAACUACUCUUCAUUAUCUUUACAGCUCUUACCACGCUGGGAUUGGACUCGUAUUUACUACUCUGAUUGUUUCAUCAUUAACCCUUAUUAUGUGAGCCGCUCCUUGACUGAGGAUGACUGCAAUGUGUGUGAAUCAUUGGAUAAGGUGGACCGUCUGACAAAUGUUUCAUCACAAGUGGUGUCAGAAGAUUACCUGAAGAAUGAUAUACCUUUCAUUGUGACAGAUGGCAUGGAUGACUGGCCAGUAAUGAAUACUGAACAGUUCUGGUUUGACAAUAUUACAGAGAUGUACCUGAGUGAGGAACUCCGUACUAUCUACCCUUGUGAAUUGACCUCAAACCUCCGUCUUCGUCCUGAUGACUUGAGAAGUUUCUUGAAGAAAAUUCAUAAUCCAGAUAUACAUCGCUGGUAUGGUCAUUGGGAAAAUUGUAAUAAGAAGGCUGCGAAGGCCCUGAGGCAGAUAUAUCGCCGCCCUUAUUUCAUUCCCCAUAUGGUUGAUCUGUCCGACUCAAACUGGGUCCUUAUAUCAUCCGAUUUUCGGGGAAAAGUGUAUAAAGAGAUAGACUUCCAGACAGAGUUACUAUGGGUGGCUCAGGUCCGGGGUUGGAGUCGCAUAAGGCUGGUGCCUAGGGAACCUUGUGACCAUUUCUGUCCCGAGCUGCUCGAAACUAUUACAGAGAGCCAAAUGAUUGUGGUAACAAAUUUACUCUGGAAAUUUGAAUACAUCCCUGGAGAGCACACAGAUAACUUGGCUGUUGCUGUUGGUGGCUUCUGGACGUAAAUUACUGUACGGUAUUUAUAAAGUCUGACACGGUAUAAAAAAUCCAAGCUAUGAGGGUACUGAAAGCUUUCACAUGUCUAACUGUAUAAGGAUCCUACAAUAAAGUUUAAUGGAUUUCACAUAAAUAUUUUAAAUUAACCUUUAGAAAUAGAAUUCUACAAGUUGA